AUGGAGUCUGCCCAAGUCAAAAGCACAGGCGACACGACAUUUCUACUCGAACAACAUACUCCUGACCCUACUCCCAUUGAAGAGAAGAAGGCGCCCAUGUCCGAAUCAAAUCCCAUCGAGGCUGCCAAAGCCCACAUAACUGGAGACGCCCCUCCGAGUCAGUCAACCACUGCGACCGGCGAUACUGCCACUACUGCGACCAGCGAUAACCCCACUCCUGCGACCAGCGAUGCUCCCAUCAAGACGACAACCAAUGUCUACCAGACCGACAACGUCGCCAAUGACAAGGCCGAUUCUAUGAGCAGUACCAAGGCCGAAGCUAGAAGCAGCUACAGACCCGGCUCCAAGGCCCUCGACCUUCCUCCGCCUGUGACGAGAUCAACCAUCACCGAGUCAAAGACUGGCCCUCCGCUACCCGUGACCACUUCGGCCUCUGCAUCGCCACUGCCCGUGUGCCCGGAUCCCGCUGCUCACACUCACCGCGACACCAGACUCCAAGAACAAGCCUCGAACGCUGCUUUAUACGUCACUAAGACUGCCAAGAGCACUAAACAAAGAGAAGAUGUUCUCGAUGCUAAUAACAAGCUCUCAUCGCGCAGUACGACUUGUCUUCCUUCGAUUGUCCUACACCAAUGCUGA